AUCAAAACUUUUCUGCUGGAAAAACUGAAAGCAUUGCAGGUUUGUCUUUCGCCUCACGCCUCGAGUUAAACAUGAUUCUCAUGUGACGGUGGAAUUGGUGGCACAGAAAGCUGACUGCACAAAGUUAAAACUGAACUGUUGACCCUGUGAAUGAUGGAUGAGGAGCUGAAAACAGCGAACACUCACAAUGGGAGCAUUCCAGAGGCUUUGAAAACUAAAAAGCACGAGCAGCCAAAAGCAGCAGCUCUGCGUCAGGAUGUGGGUCUUGUAAGUGGCAUCUGUCUGAUAGUGGGAACAAUGAUCGGCUCCGGGAUCUUCAUUUCUCCCAAAGCGGUGCUGGAGGGAACUGGAGCCGUGGGUCCGUGUCUGUGUGUGUGGGCGGCGUGCGGAUUACUGGCUACACUGGGGGCCCUCUGCUAUGCCGAGCUUGGCACAAUGAUCGUGAAGUCUGGUGGUGAGUAUCCAUACCUGAUGGAGGGCUUUGGGCCAGUGCCGGCAUACCUAUAUUCCUGGACCACGGUCAUCGUGUUAAAGCCUUCGUCAUUUGCCAUCAUUGCCCUGAGUUGUGCCGAGUACGCCUCCACUCCAUUUUACCCAGGAUGCACUCCUCCUCAAGUGGUUACCAAAUGCCUGGCUGCAGCUUGUAUCUUAAUAAUUACACUCAUCAACUGUCUGAGUGUGAAGCUGGCCUCCAGAGUGCAGAACUUUUUCACAGCAGCCAAACUCUUGAUUAUUGUCGUUAUCGUGGUUUCAGGCAUCGUUCUGUUGGCUCAAGGCAAUACACAGAAUCUUAGAGACCCAUUUACAGGGGGAACAACAUCAUUUGGAGCAAUUGGCCUUGCAUUUUACAAUGGUCUCUGGGCUUAUGACGGAUGGAAUCAGCUUAACUUCAUAACAGAAGAGCUGAAAAAUCCAUACAAAAACCUUCCCCUGGCUAUCAUGAUUGGGAUUCCCCUGGUUACUGUGUGCUAUAUAUUUGUCAACAUAGCAUAUUUCACUGUCAUGACCCCUGUUGAACUUCUACAGUCUUCUGCUGUUGCUGUGACCUUUGGUGACAGAGUGCUGUACCCAUUAUCAUGGGUUGUGCCUCUAUUUGUGGUUUUUUCCACUUUUGGUGCAGCCAAUGGGAGCUGUUUCACCGCAGGAAGGUUGACGUAUGUGGCAGGACGGGAGGGUCACAUGGUUAGGAUCUUGUCGUACAUCAGUGUGAAACGUUUCACACCUUCUCCAGCUCUCAUGUUUAAUGGCAUCCUGUCAAUCAUCUACAUCAUGCCAGCAGACAUAAACACUCUCAUCAACUACUUCAGUUUUGCUCAGUGGGCUUUCUAUGGGCUCACAUGCCUUGUGCUCAUCGUUAUGCGAUUCACUAGAAAGGAGCUUCAUAGACCUGUCAAGGUUCCGAUAGUCAUUCCUGGUUUGGUGGUGAUUGUGUCCUGUUACCUAGUUCUCGCUCCUAUCAUAGACAAGCCUGAGUGGGAGUACCUGUACUGCACAUUGUUCAUAGUCAGCGGUCUUCUCUUAUAUGUACCCCUCAUUUACUACAAAUUCAACUGGACUCGCCACAUCAUGAGGCCACUCACUAUGCACCUUCAGCUGCUACUGCAAGUCGUUCCACCUGAAAAGACUGAGUGACAGAUGUCAAACUGGAGGAAAGACAGACAUAAUAGCCUGCAAUGGACAACAGAUUGAUCUGUGGAAAUGUGGAUAAAGGAUCCUUAAAGGGAACAUGGCUGCAUAUGGACAGAUUUUUUUUUUAUUCCUAAUGCAAGACCAUCUAUUGUUUUUACAAUGGAUUGCAAGCCUUUCCCACGUCACAGGGAUUUGUUUUUACUUUAAAAAAAUGACAUAUCACUUCCACGAAUGUCUGUAAAUUAUGACAACUUCCAGUUCAUCUAACUUAUUGUGUAAUUAAAUGCAAGUUUGUUGUACAGGAUAACAAUGAUAUUUUCCACGUUUACUGAACUCAAAUGUAUUAAUUGUGUUAAUAUAUCGACUCAGACUCAUUUAAUCACAGUAGAAGAAUUGUAGUAAUGUAAGUCUUUAAGUAGCCUAUAUUAUAAUUGUAGUUACUAAGAGUGCAACAAUGGGAUUCUAGUAAAAUCCCAUUCAUUUUCUCCACAGGUGAAUUGAUUUUUAACUAUAACUUUUAAAGACAGACCUACUGUAAGCUAUGAGGAUGUUGUUGUUUUUUGUGGCCUAUUUUAAUAUGCACAUAUAUUUUAACUGUUCACUGUUUGUUUUCAAAUCAGUGUCUAUUAAAGUUUUACAUUACUCUGCAA